GUGUUUUGGUUCUAAAAAAGGGGAAGUUGCGAGAAAAAAGGAAAGGUGGAGACCGGACCUGGGCCGAUUCAAUUAUUUACUUGUGUAUCACAAAUAUUUCGAUCAAAGAGGCUUUCAGACGAUACACGUGGGCACCGUUAUUUUCCUAGCCAUCAGUUCUGGGAGUGACCGGUUAAGAAGCGCUUCUUCACAUCCAGAGCAGGAGACUGGGGUUCAGGUCAUGGCAAGCCGGGGAGGAGCUACAAGACCCAACGGACCUAAUGCUGGCAACAAGAUCUGCCAGUUCAAACUGGUGCUCUUAGGGGAGUCGGCUGUGGGGAAGUCCAGUCUCGUGCUCCGAUUCGUAAAGGGCCAGUUCCAUGAGUUCCAGGAGAGCACAAUAGGAGCUGCCUUCCUCACUCAGACCGUGUGUCUGGACGACACAACAGUGAAGUUUGAGAUCUGGGACACGGCCGGACAGGAGCGCUACCACAGUCUCGCACCCAUGUACUACAGAGGUGCGCAGGCCGCCAUCGUGGUGUACGACAUCACAAACGAAGAAUCAUUUGCACGGGCAAAAAACUGGGUUAAAGAGCUUCAGAGACAAGCAAGUCCUAAUAUUGUAAUAGCAUUGGCUGGGAAUAAGGCUGACCUUGCUAACAAGAGAGCAGUUGACUUUCAGGACGCACAGUCGUAUGCGGAUGACAACAGUUUGCUGUUUAUGGAAACGUCAGCAAAGACUUCAAUGAAUGUCAACGAAAUAUUCAUGGAGAUUGCAAAGAGAUUGCCCAAAAAUGAGCCCCAGGCAACUGGAGGGACCAGCGGACGGACCAGGGGCGUGGACCUCACUGAAACAGCCCAGCCCACCAAGGGCCCCUGCUGUAGUAACUAACCCCCUCCCCCUCCCCCCUCCCCUCCAACCCCCCCCCCCCCCCCCCAAAAAAAAAAAACACACCUCACUUCCUAACUCUGGAUAACAUCCGGACCAGGGGCUCUUCUUCCCAACCUCACCCCCUGGCAUAGAUAAAGACUCUGUAUAGCUUCAUUUCUAAUACAAUUUCUUCUUUAUUUUUUGUUGUCUUUUUUUAAGUACUUCAGAAUUCUGGAUGCAUGUAUCACUACAAGGCCUAAACCAUAAAUUUUAAAACUUUUUUCAGUGGUAAAAACUAACAAAGUGAGUGAAAGAAUUUUCCUUUUUUUUUUUUUUUUUUUUUUUUUUUUAAGUACUUUGUGGAACUGAUGCUUUGAAGAGAGUGGCCUCCCAUCUCCUCUCUGCUUGCUAUGCUAAGUUAUCAGCAAGGGAGUGAAAGAGGUGUUAAUUAUGGACAUGGAUCUUAAGUUUUUUUUUGUUUUUAAAAAAGAAAAUGUAUUCAUUAUUUCCCACAAAAUCUGUAGUAGUGCUAGAGCAAAGUGUUCACGCUCGUCUAGGUCCCUGGGCAAUGCCUGGCUCUAGCUGCUCUAGCAGCCUUGUGCAAUGGUUUACAGUAUUGAUGCAGUGACUACUGUGUGCAAGGACCCUCAUUAGCACAAAGCAUUCCUCCCCUCAGUGGCUGGCCGAGUCCAUUCGCAGAAGGCUUUGGCAGAGAUGCACGUUUCCGCGCCGCCUCUGAACCGCCUGAUGGCUCUCUCGGGGCUCUCAGCAGCCGGUGACUAGAUGAAGGUUCAGGGCGGCCACGAUGAGAAUAGCACCCGGGAAACCCGCUCGCCGUUCAGUUUCACAACCCCAAUCCGCUGUACUAGGAAGGUCCCAUCAUAGCCCGCAAAGGGUUCUUAAUUAUUGUCUUUAAUGAGGAGGAAAAAAAAAACACAGGUUUGUUCAAAACACUCCAGCUGUCUUUAAAAUUGUGAUGUUAAGAAAAUCGGUCAGUCUUUGAUUCUCAUGCCUUGCACUAACGACUCCUGAAUAUUCCCUGUCUACUGCCUGUGUGAUAUAAACAAUAUACUGUAAAUAGGGUGUUGCAAUGUAGUCUACUUUUUUUCAAUAUAUGACUUGGAGGACUAAUGCUUGGUAGGGAGUUGCCUAAGGAUAAUCAUAUAGUCUGUACAGUAACCGGGGGCAGCUCUGCCAUGGGUUUGCAGUUUUUCACAAAAUGGUUAAAUUAUAAUCAAUGGUGGUCUUUAUAAAUGUAUGUAGUGCUAUUAACAAUUGAACAUGAAAUGCAUUUCCUUAGUGGUCUGUCUUGUACCUCUCUCAAAAUUGUCUGUUUAUCAUUUUGAUAAUUUCUUUUGCAUUGCACUAAUUUUAGUGAUUGGACAACAACAUCCCCAUUCAAUAUCAAACUUAGCAUUGAAAUCUGCAACAUUGGAUUUGUACCUUACUGCUGAGGCAAGACAGGUAGCUGAACUGAGAAACUAAUUGGCAGUUACAUUCUUACAACCAAACAGGUCAAUGAUGUAACUAUAACAGAAAAACUGGUCAGUUCUAAUGUGCAAGUACGAGUUCAUGAAUAAAUAAUUUAAUAAACAGGAA